GCGGCCCAUCUGCGAGCCGGGCUCCUGUCUGGCGCCACAGGCGACCUCCCCGCGCCCGCACUUCUCUGCCUCUCGGAGUCUGCACGUGCAUCGCCGACACCAGCAGCAGCAGCGUCUCCUCCGGCGAAGCAGAAGCCCCGCCUUGGGCAGUGGACGGGCUCUCUGCACGUGGCACCCCGAAGUCUGGACUGCGUGGGUCGGUCAUUGGACUCCCCUGCCUUGAAAAGGUGCCUUUGGGCCACCUUCUGGCGCUACCAUCCGGCUCUCUUCCGUGGACAAAGUUCUGGGCCCCCACGGCGGUGCCUUCCCCCCUGACAGAGGUUGGCGGUGCCUCUGCUGCUCUGGUGCCUGCCCUGGCGGAGGGCUCUGGGACCCCACCGUGGCUAUGGCUUCGCAGGGGCUCCUUGCCCUGUGCCUGCUGACGGUGGCUGGGCUUGGGGCCGCCAGCCCGCCUCCCAACGUUGUCCUUGUGUUUGCUGACGACCUGGGCUUUGGGGACCUCGCCAGCUAUGGGCAUCCCACCUCCGCCACGCCCAACCUGGACAAGAUGGCGGCCAGUGGCCUGCGCUUCACGGACUUCUACAGCAGCAGCCCCGUCUGCAGCCCCUCCCGGGCCGCCCUGCUGACAGGACGCUACCAGACCCGCUCUGGCGUCUACCCGGGCGUGUUCUACCCCGGCUCCCGGGGAGGCCUCCCACUGGCCGAGGUGACCCUGGCAGAGCUGCUGAAGGGGCGGGGCUAUGCCACGGCCAUCGUGGGCAAGUGGCACUUGGGACUAGGGCCUCAUGGGACGUUCCUGCCCACGCACCAGGGCUUCGACCACUUCUUGGGCGUGCCCUACUCGCAUGACCAGGGCCCCUGCCAGAACCUCACCUGCUUCCCUCCCGACACACGGUGCUUUGGGAUCUGUGACCAGGGCGUGGUCCCCGUCCCCCUGCUCUGGAACCAGAGCAUCCUGGAGCAGCCGGUCUCCUUCCCCCACCUGGUGCCCCGCUACAACGCCUUUGCCCGGGACUUCAUAGCCGACUGCGCACGGCGGGGCCAGCCUUUCUUCCUCUAUUAUGCCUCCCACCACACCCACUACCCCCAGUUUGCGAGCCAGGAGUACACAGGCCAGUCACCCAGGGGGCCCUUUGGAGACGCCCUCCUGGAGUUUGACGGAUCUGUGGGGCGCCUCUUGCAGGCCCUGCACGACAGCGGAGUAGACCAGAACACGCUGGUGUUCUUCACUUCUGACAACGGCCCCUCGACCAUGCGCAUGUCCCGGGGGGGCAGCUCUGGCCUCCUCAAGUGCGGCAAAGGGACCACCUAUGAAGGGGGGAUGAGGGAGCCCGCCGUGGCCUACUGGCCUGGCCGCAUUGCCCCAGGCGUGACCCAUGAGCUGGCCAGCACUCUGGACCUCUUCCCUACCCUGGCGGCUGUGGCAGGGGUGCCUCUCCCCAACAUCACGCUGGACGGCUACGACCUCAGCCCGGUCCUCUUUGGGAAUGGAAAGAGUCCUCGCCAGACCAUGUUCUACUACCCGCCAGCCGCCAGCCAGCUGCUGGGCGCCUUUGCAGUCCGCUACGGCAAGUACAAGGCCCACUUCUUCACGCAAGGCGCCUUCCUCAGUGGCACGACCCCCGACCAGGACUGCCACGGACUGACCCCGCUGAAGGCCCACGAGCCCCCGCUGCUCUUUGACCUGGAGGUGGACCCUGCUGAGAACUACAACCUCCUCCGGGGGGCUGCUGUGAAGCCGGAGGUUCUGGCCGCCCUCAAGGAGGUCUGUCUGCAGAAGGCGCGUUUUGACCAGCAGAUGGUCUUUGGGGAGAGCCAGCUGGCACAGGGCAGCGACCCCUCGCUGCAACCCUGCUGCGCUCCCCAGUGCAGCCCCAAACCUUCCUGCUGCAGGUGCCCGUCUGCCUCUUAGCCCCCGCGGCCUCCCCAGCCUCCCUUCCUCCCUCCCUCCCGCUGCCUGCACAUGCCGGUGAGCUGCUGCUGCUUCCACUAACAGACGCCUCUCAAGCCCUGGUUUUUCUCAUGGGGAAUUGACCGGCCGCCUGUUUGAGGCGAUCAAGCCGCUCGAAGGAGAGGGCCGCCCCUUCUGCUCGUGAAACCUCCGCUUGCGCGCUCCGUGCAGAAGGCGCCAGUCUGCCGAUUACGCUGCUUCCUCCGGUGCCGGUCCUGAUGCGGCCGUGCUCAUAGGCCUGAUGCCAGCAGGAAGCCCUGAAGGAAAGGACCAGCCUUCGCCCCAGGAGGCCGUGCCUGUGCAACGCAUCCGCCCUGCAAAAUGCAGCAGGCUGCAAGGCCCUGUGUGUGUGUGUGUGUGUGUGUUGGUGGGGGGCAGCUGGUGUGUGGGCUCUGGGGCAAAGAAGACACGCACCACUCCCCUGCAGCUCUUCACGGCCAGAGGCGGCUCUCCCCGGAGCACCUCGGACCUGGCCCUGCAGAGGGAAGGGCUCCUCCACCCCACCCACCCCACCGUCCAGGCAGGCAGGCAUUGCUCAGGGUUCCUUUCCACACGCCCUCUCCCUCCCCAUGUGUGGCCUGAAGUCUCCAGCACGGUGCGUGAGGCGCUGCUAGCGAACGUUGCCCUUGUCCACCCUGUGAAGACUUCUCUUUCCAGAAUGUUUACAGGCGACUCUAACAACUGACCUGCUGGCUUGGAGCAGAGUUGUCCUCCAGACCCGACUCCCGCUUUCCCUCAGGGGCCAGCCUGCUGCUUCUGGCAGGGCACGGAGGCCGCAACCCUCUCCUCUGUCCCCAGCCCCGGGAGGUCCACUUCUGCCGUGGCUGCCCUCCAUGAAUGUCUCGAAUCGAUGGGUGAUGCACGUGUCCAGCACGGUGUCUUCCUGCAGCACACUGCAUGCAUUCUGCACUGCCGAAACGAUUUCCAUUUUCUGUCCUGCCAGCCAGCCAGCCAGCCAGCUCCGUUGGGUAACUCCAAGUACGAGAGGAAGGGACGUCAUCUGUGUCCUCUCUCUAAGUCAGGAUUCCCAAACUCUGAGUCCCCAGAGGUGGUUAGACUACGACUGCCAUCAUCCCCAGCCACAAUGGAAGGGCCUUGUGGCUGUGGAUGAUGGGUGUCAUAGUCCAACACCACCUGGGGCCCCAGAGUUGGUUUUUUCACUGACCUCGAAGAUCUCUCUUCCAGGUGGCAAAUGCCAGCUCAGACUGCGGCAUUUGAGGUGUGGAAAUGGGGGUUAAAGAAACAAAAAGUCCCAGUGCAUGUCACGUGGCAUUUAGUUAUGGUAGCUGACAUCUAGACGGAGCUAUUCAGCAGUUUUACUCUGGAGGUCUUCCUCCAUUAGUGUCUCUUGAUGUGCCAGCAGCCUCAGUUAACUGAGGCUGAAGUUAAGGCCAUGCCUUAUUCUGGCCAGAUAUAAAGUUCUCCAUUACAUUUGGAGGCCUUUCCAGAUGGGCAUCCCAUGAACAAGGCCAAAGUAUUUGCAGCUUGUGUGUCUGUCUGUGUGCAUAAAAGGGCUCAAGGGAAGCCCUGCACAAUCCGUUCAAUGGGGCCUGUGCUGCCUCUCUCUGCUUCGGAGAUGAGAGCAGGCGCUGGUCUUCCGGUAUGAUGCAACGUGAUCUUGCCACCUCUUUGCUGCCGGCCUCUAAGCCUGAGAAAGGCUGCUGGGUGACUCUGAAGUGUGCUUCCUCCUCGGGGGGGGCGGCGGGAUAGCUGUUCCUAAUAAAAGGUGCCACCAGACGUGCUGUGUCUUCCUGGUUCUGUGCGGUGAGUUCCUUGAUUCUGGUGGCUCUUUGCACCUGGAGACGCAGCCGCCUUCACACCCACACCUGCAACUGGCAACUGGGGCAUGGUUCACCCUGAAGCCACAGGGCGGAAUUGCUUACUUGCACCCCCCCUUCACUUCCCACACGUAUGCUGUGGAAACUUGGGCCAGUGUCCACACCACAACUCCUGCACUUCUGCUCUGGUGCUGCAGAUCAGAACUGCUUCCAGGAGAAAGCGCAUGAGCCGUGGCUGGUCUCCUUUGGCCCAGGGCCUUGGGCAGUGCAGGCUGGUUUCUGGCAGCAGUGGGAACAAAGUGAAGUAGCACACCCCACUGGCCAAAUCAGACCGGGGGCAGCAGCAGAUUCCAAGCAGGCUCGGCAGGGGGUCUUCUGGAAAUGCCAAGUACUCAGAUUUAACCUUGAACACUGAAUGUGGUGAAUAUGGAGAAGCGCUUCUGCUUCAAGGGAGGUUUAGGGGGGUUCCUUAUGCAUCCUGACUUUGCCCUUGUGGCGAUAUCGAGAGACUACUGAACAUGCUAGUUUACAUUGUGACCUCUACAAGAAUGAUUGAUCAACACUUAUUUUGCCUUAUCCUGUGAUGUUUCCUGGUUAUCCAGAUGAGUCUCACUUAAAAACUUCAUUGUCAAAUUUUAAUUAUAAAUAUUCCAAUACAGUGGCUAAA